CAAACAAAUAUUAUUGAAAUUUCCCUUCUUUCUCUUUUUUCUUCUUUCUUCUUCCUUCUUCUUCUUUAAUCUCUCUUUCCUUUUUCCUAAGUUAUUAAUCUACAAUGGCUUCUUCAAGCAAUACUCAACUUGAUGAUGGUAUUGGAAAUAAUGAUGAGUUGACACCUUUACAAAAGCAUGUAAUGUUCUUUGAUAUUAACAAAGAUGGAAUAAUAUACCCUUGGGAAACAUAUCAAGGUUUUAGAAAAUUGGGACGUGAUGUUUUCCGUUCACUUUUGGCUGCUUUUCUCAUCCAUGUUGUUACAAGUGGCAAGACUCGACCAGGAAAAUGGCCAUCUCCACUAUUUCCAAUUGUGAUUAAAAAUAUCAAAUUUGGCAAACAUGGAAGUGAUUCUGAUGCCUAUGAUUCUGAAGGAAGGUUUGUACCAGAGAAAUUUGAGGAGAUUUUCAAGAAAUAUGCACAUCAAAAUUCAGAAUCCUUAACAUCAGAUGAAGUGGAUGAAUUGCUCAAGAAAAAUAGAGAACCUAAGGACUACUUUGGAUGGCUUAAUGCUAUGACAGAUUGGAGGAUUCUAUUUGAUGUGGGUAAAAACAAGGAUGGUAUAUUGACUAAAGAAGCAGUAAGAGAUGUUUAUGAUGGAAGCCUUUUUGAACAAAAGGCAAGAGAAGUUGCUGCUGCUAAGAAGUCAAAAGUGAAUUAAACUAUAUUAACAAAGUUAUUUGAUUUAUACUAUAUUAUUGUUUUGUCUUCUUGUUUGAUGUUUUGAUACUCUUUGGUGUAAAAAGAUGAAAUUUUUUGUUAUUACUCUUUUUGUCUUAAUAUUUGUGAUGAU